AAAACAAAAGAAAGAGAUAUUCUUCAAAAAUAUAUUAUAAUAAAAAAAGGGCGAAGCGAAAAAGCAAGAGCAUCUUAGCUUUAUUGACCUCCCUAAAAACAACAAGGCUUCGAUCGCAAACCCGAGUUGUUUCAGACAUAACAUAAAAAAAAAAAAAAAAACCCGGUUUCCCGACAUCCAAAUUGCAAACGGAAGCUCGGCUCCCUUUCAAUCUUUUGUAACAUCAUCGGCUUUUGUUAUUGCACAUCUUGUUCUUUUUAAAUCUAAAUUUAUGGAUUUUCCUUUUUUUUUCGUUUCUGAUUCUUUGGCUUUGGAGAUUUGAUUUCUUGUUUUUAGAAUGAUUUCUAGCCAUGCGUUGGCCUAAUAUUUCCUUUUCUUCUUCGUCUUCUUCUUCCACCACCGCCGCCAGGUCGGCAACUUCUCCCGAGAAGCAUUUGCAAGAUAAUAGUAAUAAUCAGAAUUAUCAUAAGCGUAAUCACAAUCAACGUCACAAUUCUCGUUCCCAUUACUUGGGGUUUCGCAUUGCGGGCCCCAAGCUGACGAGGCUAAAGGAGUUAAGGCGUCUCAGCAAGCAGGAGAUUGCGCAGACGGAGGCGGUGGCGGCGCCGCUCUCCAGCAGUUACGAUACUCCGUUGUCGUCGUCGGCUCCGGCUUCGAAGACAACAUCAUCGGGGUUGGCGGUGCCGUUGCCGCUUCCGCUUCCUGUUCCAGAAGGAGACGGGGAGCAACGGUUGCCGUCGCCUAAUGAAGUUGGACAUGGCAAAGGUUUAGAGGAUAGAGAUAGAGAAAAAGCAGAUGGAACUCCUUUCAAUUCAAGUAUGUUUGCUUCUCGUGACUCAAGGAAGAUAGCAGAACAUGUGGACACAAGAUCAUCCUCUAAGGUGUUACAUCAAGAAGUCAAUAGAGGGGACAGUUCUCAGGAUGAGUUUAGGGUGAAUGUUCCUGUUAGAAGUUUUCCCACGAGUCCAUACAGCAGUCCUGCUGUAAUUAGCCCACGCAGAAUGAGUGCUGGUGACAUGUAUCCACACUAUAUUGUUCCUACAGGUAAACAAGUCUGGUCGGCACCAGAGAUGCUGACAUUAGAUGUUGCAGGGCUUCCUCCCCCAGCAUUCUAUGAUUACAUUGCAUUUAGCACCGAUAAUACUCCACUUCACAGCCCACCAAAUAGAAGUCCUCGUCGAAAGAAUAGAAGCCAAAGUGGACCUCCUUCACCGGUACAUCAGAAGUUGUUACUUGAGAUCUCAUCAUCCAGACCUGAAAGUAAUGGCCCUAUCAAUGUCCAUCCAUUACCUCUUCCUCCAGGAGCAGCCAUGGCUUCACCAUCAGCUUCCAUUCCCCAAGUUACAACUAAACUGGAGCCAUUGCCAAUGAAUUGUCAAUGGCAAAAAGGCAAGCUUAUUGGACGUGGUACAUUUGGAAGUGUUUAUGUUGCCAGUAACAGAGAAACUGGAGCUUUACGUGCAAUGAAAGAAGUUGAGAUAUUUCCUGAUGACCCAAAAUCUGCAGAGUGUAUAAAGCAACUAGAGCAGGAGAUUAAGGUUCUUAGCCAGCUCAAGCAUCCAAAUAUAGUUCAGUACUAUGGUAGUGAAAUAGUUGAAGACAAGUUCUACAUAUAUCUGGAGUAUGUUCAUCCUGGUUCAAUUAAUAAAUAUGUUCGUGAUCACUGUGGUGCCGUAACAGAAUCUGUUGUUCGCAAUUUUACUCGCCAUAUUCUUUCUGGGUUGGCUUACCUGCACGGCACAAAGACAAUCCACAGGGAUAUUAAAGGGGCUAAUUUGCUUGUUGAUGCAUCUGGAGUCGUCAAGCUAGCUGACUUUGGGAUGUCCAAACAUCUUAGUGGACAAAGAGCUGAUCUAUCUUUGAAGGGAAGCCCAUACUGGAUGGCUCCAGAGUUGAUGCAAGCUGUGAUGCAGAAAGAUAGUAGUUCUGCUCUCGCUCUAGCCGUUGAUAUUUGGAGUUUGGGUUGUACGAUUAUCGAAAUGUUCACUGGUAAAGCUCCAUGGAGUGAGUAUGAAGGGGCUGCAGCUAUGUUUAAAGUGAUGAGGGAUACCCCUCCCAUACCUGAAACGUUAUCACCUGAAGGGAAGGAUUUCCUGCGCUGCUGCUUCCUAAGAAAUCCUGCAGAGAGACCAUCUGCAAGCAUGUUACUUGAGCAUCCAUUUGUAAAAUGCUCAUCACAGUCGGGUGCCUCACCUAGUCGCUCAUCAUCUAAUGUGCAAAAGUCCAUGGAUAUGCCCCUUAGUCCAACAGAGCGAUCUGAAUUUAAACUGGAUCAAUUGCCAGUUCAGCAAAGCCUGCGAAAUACUAAAAUUGUGACUCCUGACAGUGAGACUGCACAACGAUCUUAUUACAAGAGUUCCAACUUAACAGUGGCCCCACGAUAUUCUCCUCGAUCUACCCUUGAGGCUCUGCCUAGUUUGUCUUCUCCACGCUCGAGUCAAAAUAGUUAUCAUCCCAGCCCUUCUGGUACCAUUAAUAGAUCUAUUAACCAGGAGUCCAAGAAGAACCAUAUUUUUGGAUAACAUUGACGAGAGGAAGAAGCACUAUACAUUAUUUUAAAGGUUUCUGCUGAUAAGGCAGCUUUAAGCAUUGCGUUGGACACCUUGAAAGAUGCUGUCUGACUUGUGGCCAUGGAGAGCUUAACCAAGAGCUUCCCACCUGAUCUCUGUCAUCAAUGCCUUAUUAAAGUUCCUGAAGCCUUUCCAUCCUUGAAGCAUAUCCAGAAGUAGGAUAUAUGAGCAGGUUUGUUUUUGUGUGCUAUUGACUAUUUUUUAGAGCUUCCGAAUUUGAGAAAGCUCUUUUUUUAUGUAUAUCUUACAGAAGGUGACAUUUUCAUCCCAUGAGUUGAACGAAUUAGUAGAUUUUAGAAGGUUUAAGUUAUCCAUAUAUCAGUUCACUUUCCUGCAAUUAGUGCAAAUUUCCCCAUUGUUUCCUGUCAAGGGGCUAAGGUUUCCCAUUUUCACAAUGGCAUCCGCAAAAUCAGCACAAAAUGUGAUGGGGUUGUCGCUAUAUGCAGUGACCUGAGAGUCCAUGGAGCCUUCAUUGAAGAGCUGUUGGUCUUAAUAAAGUGGGCCCUUGUUAUUAAUCAAAUUCUUGAAAUAAGCAUUGUCGAAAAUUUCCUGCCAGAUCUCUUUUU